CAUGAUCCCUGUGCUGCUCACGAGGGUCUCGCAGGCCUCACUUCUCCCUACUCACUGGCCACAGGGAAAUCACAGCUGAAAUUAACAAAAAUGAUAAUAAAAUAAAAGAGUUUGGAGCUUAUCCAUAGUGCAGCAGGUCUGGACACCAGGACACAGCAGUGAGGAGACGCCUGGUCCAUUCCCCUGUGAUGCGACGGACACAGGAUGCUCCCAGACACAGCCCUGCUGGAAAAGAGACUGACGAAGAUCGACCUCAUACCAGAACAUUCUAGGAAAACACAAAACAGAACACAAGCAGUGAGUGUAUCUCAGGGACACUAUCCAUGCUGUUCUCACCCACCCACUUAGUGAGGGAGGGGUGGGCCAAAUGACGGGACCCCAGUGCUUCUGUAAGUUAGGAUCCUCCUUUGGUCUGAAGCAAUGCCCUCCCUCCCUCAGAUACUCGUUUAGAUAAAUGCAUGCAGUUUACAAACUGAAACCGCAAAAUAAAAUUUAAAUGUAUGUAGAUUCCUCUUUAUAUAUAAGUGUUAGUUCAUUUUCAUAGCUGUAUUGAUUGAUUAUGAUGAAUUUUCUCUAUCUUCUAGUUCCUUUCUAAGAUUGUUCACAUCUGAGGAAUGUGCAAUCCUUUUGUAGCUUAGGCUGAACUGAACAAUCAUGAUCUGAUUUAAGUAAAGCAAAGGGGUUUUUUUCAUCUUCUUCUUUAUGGUAACACUGGUCUGAUUCUUUCCACAAGCUCUAGGUAUUUUCUUUUCGAAUUUUGUGAAUAAUAGGAGAGAGUGGUCCUCAGUAUGCUUUUCAUGAUAGUAACCAGAAAGCCUAUGGAGCUUUGUUCUUGUAUGAAUCAAAUAGCUCUGAGUGUUUUUCUUAUGGCAGCAAAUAAUCAAAAAUAUGGGAGAAUAUUUUAAAAAGCAGUUCAAGUUCUUUCAUGAAAAGUUUUCUUUUAUAAGAUUUAUUUAUUUAUUUGAAAGGCAGGGUUACAGAGAGGCAGAGGCAGAGAGAGAGGUCUUCCAUCCACUGCUUCACUCCCCAAAUGGCUGCAAUGGCUGGAACUGAUGAUUUUCAAAAUAAGUAAAGUUAAAGUAUAGAAUGCAAAAAGGACAAUUUCAUUUCUGGCAUUAACAACAAUGGGGCAAAGCCUUAAUGCUGUUGGAAAUUGGGUCAGGAAUUGGGACAGUAAAAUGUCCCCACCACACAAACAUCCCAGGACGCCUUCACCAGGCAUAAAUUGUAAUUUCAGAAAGUGUAGCUGAAAAAGGUCUGUGCCAUAUGAAUGGAGCCCCACAGGGAGUGCCCAGACAGUGCACAAUGCACAGGCACCUGCUUUCCUACAGUGUCAAUGACUCAAAACCUUGAGAACAAAUGGACACAGGCAUCUACAGGCAGGAGACUGACACCUCCAUGUUACCUUCCAUUGCCAUUUCCACUGUGAACACAGAUGUCACGUCUGGAUCUUUACUGCAGAAAUUUAAAUAUGUUGGAAAGGUAUUUGUCUAGACAAAAACAAAAACAUUUUUAUGGCUGCUAGGAUGACUUUUCACUUUACUUUCACCUAUUUUCUGGAAGUUUCAGCACUGAAGUGCAUGAACACAUCACAAGAGCAUUAAUACAUCGCUGGUGGUGCCCAUUUAUCGAAGGACGAGUUUUCUGACCUUCUUUAAAAUGUAUUUGUUGACUCUUCCUAACCAAUACAGGGAGACAGGGUGUCACAACCAUUUUUAAGACAAACAGUCACAGAUGAGGAAAGGCAGACGAAUACUCAAGAAUGAAACUUCUUAGCCAUAUUGAGUCGACCCUCACUUUGUCCUGCAGAUGGGGUUUACUCCUGCAGCCAUCUCCCUCCCAUCUCUGACUCACAGGUGCACCAGGGGUCAUGGGUUGAAUGCUGUAAGCAACGUUUCAUUCAUCAGGAGUCUCUCUCCACGGAGUAACUGUGAAUGCAGAGGCCCCAGUCACCGGACCCUGCUGGCUUCAUUGUUGAUUUCCCCAUUGCUGUGUUCACUUCAGGUUGUGAGAUCAUUAUGGGGGCCAGGGCCAUGCUCUUCCCCAUACCCACACUCAUGUACCAGUGUGGGCAGUGGUCCUUGCAGACAGCCCUCCUGGGCUCCAGACCUACCAUGCCAUAUGCGGGGGGGGGGCCACUGAGGGAAAAGCUCUGAAACCUGAGUUCCUCUAUUUCUAAACAGUGAGUUAUUGGAAAUAUUUUUGAAAAUCAAAUAAGAUAAUCCAUGCAAAGCCAUCAUUUCCUUUAUUAUCAGGGGCUCCAUUACUAAUUUCCUACACACACAGAAUCAUCCAUUCUUGCUUCCUGCUUUCCUCCCUCUCAGACGACAGCAGAUGAGACAUGGGUGGAACAAACCACACGGCAGUGACAGAGUUCAUUUUCCUGGGGUUCCCGGGCACGCCCUCUCUGCAGCGCAUGCUCUUCAUGAUGUUUCUCACCGUGUACCUGCUCUCCCUAGUAGCAAACACCCUCAUCAUUGUCAUUGUUCUCAUGGAUCCCACACUGCAGACGCCCAUGUACAUUUUCUUGGGAAAUUUGUCCUUCCUGGAGAUCUGGUACACGACCACCACGGUGCCUAAAUUACUGGCCACCCUCCUCUCCAAGGCUGUCACCAUCUCCGUCGCUAGCUGCAUCACCCAGUACUACUUCUUCUUCUCCAUGGGGGCCACAGAGUGCAUCCUGCUGGCCAUGAUGGCCUAUGACCGCUACGUGGCCAUUUGCAACCCUCUGCGCUACUCCCUCCUCAUGAGCCUCCAGAUUUGCCUGCGCUGCUCUGCAGGGUCUUGGAUUGGGGGCUUCAUUGCCCCCCUUCCACCUACCAUACUCAUCACUCAUCUGAACUUCUGUGGUCCCCAGAAGAUCAACCAUUUCUUUUGUGAUGCAGAUCCCAUUUUUAAGCUCUCCUGCUCAGAUACUUCCCUGGUGGAGGCCGUGGGCUACACUUGCACAUCUGUUGUGAUUUUCAAUUCCUUCCUUCUCACUAUGUCCUCCUACAGCAACAUUGUGGUCACCAUCAUCAGGCUGUCUUCCCGGGAGGCUCGCAAGAAGACUUUCUCAACAUGCGCCUCCCACCUCUCCAUAGUCACCAUCUAUUACGGCACUAUCAUCUUUACCUAUGUCCGCCCUCCCUCCAAGUACAACUUCACCACCAGGAAGGUGGUCUCGGUGUUCUACUGUGUGAUCACCCCCCUGGUAAACCCUCUCAUUUACACUCUGAGAAACAAAGAUGUGAAGAAUGCGUUCAGGAAAUUCCUGCAACAAAAGAGAUUUCUCUUGUUCAGAAACAGGCAGGAGUUUUGAGUUAUCAACAGAAGUGAGCACUUCAGAGUAGAUUCUCAAACCAUAUUUUAAAAUGUUAAGUAUCGAAUAUUUUAUUUAUUUAUUUUUGACA